CCAGGUGCCAGGCGCGGCCCGUUCCGGCCGAUGCCGUCACACACCGAACUCUCAAGUGAAACCGAAAGCGGCGCCGGGGCCGGGAUGAAGCGGGGCAGGCUCGGCGGCAGCUGAGGCGGCGCGGAGCGGGACGGGGGACGCGCUCCUCGCUCACACCGAGCCCGACACCCGGACACCAGCCUGCGGAGACCGCGGGUCCUGAGCGGCUGGGCUCCCUCAGCCGCCCUUGCGGGCACAUCCCCCCGUGCCCGCCGUCGUUCUCCAGCGGCAGCAGGGGUGUCGCGGACGCCGCCAGCGCAGCGAUGGGAGAAGAGUCCCGAGACGAACGCUUCCUCUACAUGAUCUCCUGCUUCAGGCCGCGGCUGAAGCAGUUCAUCCGGGUGGAGCCGGUGCUGGACCGGCUUCCCUUGCUGAGCGCGGAGGACAGGGAGAAGGUGCGGGCGGCCGCCCGGCAGCGGGGCGAGGUGGAGGGGGCGGAGGAGCUGCUGCGGGCCGUGGAGCGGGGACCCCGCGGGUGCGGCUGGUUCCACGAGUUCCUGCAGGCGCUGGAGCACAGUGGCUGCAGCCUGGCUGCCUGCUACGUGAACCCCAGCCUCAGCCAGCUGCCAUCGCCAGCCGAGGAGGCCGACCAUGACCUCUGCGUGCACUUGGUGCAGCUGCUCUACAGCACGCUGGUGGAUAAAAUGCAGACCGUGCAGGUGGCCGAGAAGUGCCUGCAGAUGGGCAUCUUCCAGGAGGAGGACCUCGAUCAGAUCCACACUGUUACUGACAAUCAUGGGAACAGAGGUGGUGCAAGGGAACUACUGAGCAGAGUAGUGCAGAAGAAGGAUUGGUUCUCUCCUUUUUUGAUUGCUCUACGUGAAACCCGACAUGGAGACCUUGCAGAUGAUCUAAGUGGAAAUACAGGAGGAACAGAGAAUGGACAAAAUGAGAUGAAGAACAGUACAAAUGAAGUAAGAGAAGUUAUAAGCCCACCAGGAUAUGCCAUUGUGGAGGAUUUGAAACAGCAAGAAAAUGUGAAUGAUAGUUUCAGCAGUGAGAACAGUGUACUGGAAACAUCUACUAGAAGGAAUUCUGUAGUUUCUGAGUCAGAUGUCUCCAUAGGAGAUGGAAGUGUCAGUAACUUGAAAGAAAACUUGGGACACAGCUGCACAACCAGUGAUUCAGAUGAAGGUGAAAUGGAAAGCAGAUCUUCACCUGAGCCAGAUCUGAUCCUGAGAGAUUACCAGAUGGAAGUUGCAAAGCCAGCACUGAAUGGGGAGAAUAUUAUAAUAUGUCUCCCUACAGGCAGUGGUAAAACCAGAGUGGCUGUUUACAUUACUAAAGAUCACUUGGAUAAGAAGAAAAGAGCAUCGGAGCCUGGAAAAGUUAUAGUACUUGUUAAUAAGGUACCAUUGGUAGAACAACAUUUACGAAAGGAGUUUAAUCCAUUCCUGAAGCGUUGGUAUCGGGUUAUUGGUUUAAGUGGCGAUUCUCAGCUGAAAAUCUCAUUUCCUGAAGUUGUCAGAAGAAAUGAUGUCAUCAUCAGUACAGCACAGAUCCUUGAGAAUUCACUGUUAGAUGCAGCCAAGGAAGAUGAAGAAGGUGUCCACUUAUCAGAUUUUUCACUCAUCAUUAUUGAUGAAUGUCAUCACACUCAGAAGGAAGGUGUCUACAAUAAUAUAAUGCGACGUUACUUAAAAGAAAAGAUGAAGAACAGGAAGCUAGCAAAAGAAAACAAACCACUGAUCCCACAGCCUCAGAUUCUGGGACUUACAGCCUCACCUGGUGUAGGAGGUGCAACAUCCAACUCAAAAGCUGAAGAACAUAUUCUGAAAAUCUGUGCCAAUCUCGAUGCGUGUAGAAUCAUGACUGUUGAAGAGCAUGCCUCCCAAUUGAAGAAUCAAGUGAAGGAACCAUAUAAGAAGACUGUGAUUGCAGAUGACAAAAGAAGGGAUCCAUUUAGAGAGAGAAUUACUGAGAUCAUGACUGAUAUUCAAAACUAUUGCCAGCUUCAUCCAAAAUCUGAGUUUGGAACUCAGCCAUAUGAACAGUGGGUGAUUAGAGAAGAGAAAAAAGCUGCAAAAGAAGAAAAACGCAAGGAACGUGUCUGUGCGGAACACUUGAAGAAAUAUAACGAUGCUCUCCAGAUAAAUGACACCAUCCGAAUGGUGGAUGCAUACAAUCACCUAAAGAACUUUUAUAAGGAGGAGAAAAGUAAGAAGACAGUAAGGAAUGAUGAUGAUGACGAUGAUGAUGAACCAGCAGUAUCAAAACAGGAUGAAACAGAUGAAUUUCUAAUAGGUUUAUUUCAUGCAAAAAAGAAGCAGCUGAAAGAGUUGGCUAGAAAGCCAGAAUAUGAAAAUGAGAAGCUAAUACAGUUGCGAAACACUUUAAUGGAGGAGUUCACAAAGACCGAGGAACCUAGAGGAAUUAUUUUCACGAAGACUCGGCUCAGUGCCUUUGCUCUGUUCCAGUGGAUUAAGGAUAACCCAAAAUUUGAAGAAGUGGGAAUUAAGGCCCAUUAUCUUAUUGGUGCUGGACAUAACAGUGAAAUGAAACCCAUGACUCAGAAUGAGCAAAGGGAAGUUAUUGAUAAAUUCCGAGGUGGUAAUGUAAAUUUACUUAUUGCUACUACUGUAGCUGAGGAAGGCCUAGACAUCAAAGAAUGUAACAUCGUUAUUCGCUAUGGCCUCGUCACCAAUGAAAUUGCCAUGGUGCAGGCUCGUGGUCGAGCUCGUGCUGAUGAGAGCACCUAUGCACUUGUGGCUUCAAGUGGCUCAGGAGCCGUUGAACGUGAAGAUGUUAAUAUUUUCCGUGAGAAAAUGAUGUAUAAGGCCAUUCAACGUGUCCAGAAGAUGCCGCGGGAAGAGUAUUUAAAUAAGAUUCAGGAUUUCCAGUUGCAAAGUAUAGUGGAAAAAAAAAUGAAGACAAAGAGAGAUCAGUGCAAGACAUACAAGAAAAAUCCUUCACUAAUAACAUUCCUGUGCAAAAAUUGCUACAAGCUGAUAUGUUCUGGAGAAGACAUACAAGUUAUUGGAAACAUGCAUCAUGUCAGUGUAAAAAAAGAUUUCCAAAGUCUUUACCAUACAAGAGAAAAUAAGACACUGCAAGAUAAGCAUGCUGAUUACCAGACAAAUGGGGAAAUUAUAUGUAAAGACUGUGGACAAGCUUGGGGAAACAUGAUGGUUCACAGAGGUCUUGACCUGCCUUGUCUAAAAAUUAGAAAUUUUGUGGUUGUGUUUGAAGACAAGAAAACAACAAAGCAAAUUUUUAAGAAAUGGGGAGAACUGCCCAUUAGGUUCCCUAAUUUUGAUUAUGCAGCUCAUUGCCCUUCAAGUGAUGAAGAUUAGAAAACCCAAGAAAGGAGAAGGAUAAAGUCAUAUGGGUACAGUCUGAACUCAGAUUUGCAGUGGUACACCACAACAAAGAAGAUGACCCAAUACAUUGCAGUCAUGUGUAUCCAUGGAACAAAUUCCUGUAUCUACUCACUACAGCCCAUCAUGGGGUGACAACAGUGUCAAAAGUGUGUUAGGUGACCUGUCAUAAAGCACAGAACAUAGGACCAACAUCUUGAGAUAUGCCAUGGUGAUUAUUUUCUGGUUUUCUUCCCACUAUAAACCUUUUGAAGAUAAAGUAUCUCGAAAGAGGAGCCAUGAAAAGAAAAAGUUGAGCUGAGUGUUAUUUUCUGAAUAAUUCUUGCUUUGUCAGUGUUUUCAUGACUGAGUUCUUGCCCUCUAAUCUUUAGCUGUAAGCUCAUACAUCUUGACAGACUAAAACUAAGUUUACAUUAAAAGACAUUUCAAAGAAUCAAGCCCUUAACCUGACUUGAAAUUGAUUAUUGUGAUGUCCAAGAAGCACAAUGCCAAGUGACUUUCGGUGUGUUAGUUUCAUAGGAUUAUUUAACGGGCUAUAUAAUGAGGUAUGUGAUUUUUUUCAAUAAAUUACUAUAACGAUUAA